AUGUGGAAUCCCAAUGCCGCGCAGCCAGGACCAUAUCCACACCCCCCUAACGCCGGGUAUCCUGGAGGUUGCAAUCCUGCCCAUCCGCCACCUGCCAACCCUCCGUUUCCUCCAGGCCCCUUUCCCACUCCCCCAGGAGCACCCCAGGGGAAUCCAGCCUUUCCCCCUGGUGGGCCCUGUCAUCCCGUGCCACAACCAGGAUAUCCAGGAUGCCAGCCCUCAGGUCCCUACCCCCCUCCAUACCCACCACCUGCCCCUGGCAUGUGUCCUGUGAAUCCAUUGGUUCCUGGUAUAGUAGGACCAGGAAUAGUGAUUGACAAGAAGGUGCACAAGAAAAUGAAGAAAGCUCAUAAAAAGAAGCAGAAGCACCAUAAACAUGGCAAGCAUUCCUCCUCCUCCUCCUCCUCUUCCAGCAGUGACUCUGACUGA